GACUCGUAGUAAACGUCAGUCACAACAUCACAACAUCCAAGUCAAGGUAUGGCUCGGCGCCAAUCCUACUCGCUGCAGACUCUGGACAGUAAAGAACCAUUACCAUUAGAGACUUCAGAUGUACGAAAGGUUUCUACUGAGGCUAGCUCAAUAGGAAAACAGGAGUCGCCUAAUAAUGCAGAAAACCAAACUGUUACAGUAAUAAGGUCAAGAAGAAAGCUGAUGGGAAGAUUUGGACUACUCGGGUUUAUAAUGGUGUCUCUUAUUUAUAGUUUUAUGCUUACCCAACUCGUCACUGCACAAUAUAUAUACGCUUAUCUUAGAAAGUCUAAGUUCCCGAAUGUUAGUUUUCACACUAAUGAGGCAGAAUGUCAAAUUAACACCACCUCGCAGCUCUACCGUGACCAACAGACCGUACAGAAACUUGCAGCACAACUCAACAUCUACUUAGUGUUGGCAAAAGGGAUACCAGCGAUUUGCUGUAUUUUCUUUUACGGUUCAUUGAGCGAUAGAUAUGGUAGAAAGCCCAUUCUCCUCAUCACUUUUAUGGGAAACAUGAUUAAAUGUGUUCUAACUACAUUAGGUACAUACUUCGAUUGGAAUAUUUAUACAUUCAUUCUUUUUACCUUCAUUGACGGAUGUGGAGGAGGUUGGGUAUUGGCGAUGUCCAUCGUAAUGUCCAUAGUAGCUGACGUCACAGAACCCGGUAAGACGCGAACAUUUGUAAUCGCCAUGACAGAGUUGUCCUUGGGAUUCGGUUUGAUCAUUGGAGGUUUCACUUCCGGUUUUAUAAUAAAAGCCGAAGGUUUCACAAUCGCCAUGGUAGUUAGCUCCUGUUCGUCAGUCCUUCCAAUACUGCUGUGGUUUUUCGUACAGGAAACAUCACACAAUCCAAAGGAAAAGCAAACUAAAUCUGCCGCUCAACUUGCUGUUGACGUCUAUGUUUUUCACUUUAAAGAUAGCGCCCUCAAUGGAAAACGGAAGGUGUUUCUGGUGUGUACGCUUAUGUAUUUCUUCGUCAUCCAGUCGGCGGUCGGAUCACAUGAAAUAGAAACUCUGUAUGGAUUGAACUCACCAUUUUGUUGGAGUUCGGUACAGGUUGGCAACUAUAUGGCCGUGCGCAACGGUCUACCGUUUGUCACUGGGAUGUUGCUUUUCGGUCCUCUACAAAGAUGUUUAGACGAAAGUAUCAUAGCUAUCCUUGCUAACCUGUCCAAUCUCGCGGGGUUUGUCCUGGAGGCAUUUUCUUACAAUACUGUUAUGCUUUUCUUUGUUCCGGUACUAAGCUUCGCUAGAACCAUGGCGGUGCCGGUAGUUCGGGGAGUAAUGUCACGUCUAACGCCACCGGAGAAACAAGGAACUAUGUUUGCCGGGACAGCUAUCGUAGAAACGUUUUGCUCUCUGUUUGGCGGAGUGGCAUCCAGUGCUAUUUAUGGACAGACCGUGGAUGUGUUCCGAGGUGCCGCCUUUCUUGUAUUGGCCGCAUACUUGUUUGCUGCGACCGUAAUGGCUGUUGUGCUGUAUGGAUUACUCAGGAGGAAGAAUGCAGACAAACAAGUGAGAGGAAAAUGAUUAAAUAUAUACCUGUUGCUGAAGUGAGUGGGCCGACAGAACACUGACUGACUCACUAUGAUCGGAAACAGAUUCCCUGUUAUACGUGAUAGCUGGUGCUCUGGAAAGGUAGCGGUGACAUUUUGGAACAGCUUACCAUCUGAUACCAGGAAUUCGAAACCGGCCUGGCUAAAUUAAAGGAGGUUUAAACUUGUUAACGUCUGCUUUUAGACUCUUACACAGACGUCCUGUACAUAUAAUAAUGUCAUGUAAUUGUUCUGUAUAUGGUGUAACACUUUGAAACGAUUUGUUAUGUAAUGUGAAGCGCAGUAGCGAAAUUUGCAAAUUACACAU